GUAGUUCAACAGAAGACGCUUCAGUCAGGAAGCCCGUGUACAAGUGUCGCUGUAGUUGAGGGCUCGUCAGUCACCUGCCGUCAUUGUGUUUCCCCGCACAUGGAGUUGGCGGAGUAAUCUGGCACAUGACGAAGUGGAAAAGGAGCCACAGUUAUUUCUCCGAGCCAAAGGAAUAUCUACCUCACCGCCUUCGCAAACAGUUUUAGAGUAUCCCGAGAAGCGGGAUACGUCGUUAUUUAUCGUUGUUAUUUAUAUUUAUUUAUAACUCGCGCGUUUCGUAGCUACAAUUCGCGCCCGAUGCUUCUACAUCAGUUCGUGAAUGGGACGUCGGAAACGAUGUAUCCCGGUAUUCAGAAAGACACGACUUUCACGAAGAUCUUUGUCGGCGGUCUGCCGUAUCACACCACGGACGCGUCGCUGCGCAAGUACUUCGAGACUUUCGGCGACAUCGAUGAAGCGGUGGUGAUAACGGACCGACAAACGGGGAAGUCUAGGGGAUAUGGCUUUGUGACUAUGCUAGAUAAAAGUGCAGCUGAGAGAGCUUGUAAAGAUCCAAACCCUAUUAUUGAUGGACGUAAAGCUAAUGUCAACCUGGCGUACCUUGGAGCCAAACCACGCAGUCCACUGACAGGAUACACGACAGGAGUACAGCAGGUUCACCCAGCGCUGAUCCAGAGGCAGUAUGGGCUCAGCCAGCCGUAUGUUUACCCUCAGGCCUUCCUGCAGCCCAGUUUGGUCCUUCCUACUCAGGUCACCUCCACCGCAACGAGCCCUUACCUUGACUUCAGCACUGCAUACGCCCAAUACGCCUCCUCGGCCUUCGAGCAGUACCCCUACACCCCCUCACCGGGCUUCUUGAGCUACGUGUACCCCCCAGGAACACCCGGCACCCCCUCUGCCUCGACCACCCCGCUUCCCACCCCACUCUCGGUCGGAGCCCCUCCCACAGCAACCUUCAUCCAACUCCCUCCUUCUCAGCUGCACGCCGACCGCCUGUAGACCUGACAGCUGAGGACGACUGAGUCUGCUGAAAUUGCACUAGAACAUCAUCAUUGUGGGUCAGGGAAUUGUGACAUCAUCAGCCUGUGACCGAUGGGCUAAAGACAAAAUACUGAGGUGUCAUACUAAAGGGCUUCGAGUUUUUCCCUCAAUUGAAAGACAUUUUCUCUGACUGGUUACUGUUGUGAUUAUUAAUUUCAUUAUCGGCAUUAUAGGUAGAAGAUUGUUGAAUAAUGUUAGAUGAUUAAAUGGCGAAAUCGUAUGACCGAUGCAUCAAGUGAAAGACAAGAAACAAUAGAUCAUAGGUGACGUGAUUUAUACGAUGAAUCCAAAAGUUACUUGGGAACUUUAAAAUGUUUGAAUAUCAUUGCAUUAGGUAACAAAAUAUCCAACCAAAUAUCAUUGUUUUAAACAAAGACAGCAGAAGGAGAUUUUUCAAGCAAAACAUUUUACAAAAACACAUUUGUUUGGAGCUGUUUAUAUAGAUAUUUGUUAUUUCAUACAUUUUCAAGUUUUAAGCGUCCAAAUUUGGGACCAUUGUAUACACGAAUGACAAGUUUUUGAACAGGUUUUUUUCAUAUCUGAAUGAAGAGAUCACAAACACUGCAAAUUCACGAAGCAUAAACGUCUGCAGGAAUAUGUGUAAAGCACAAAGCCUUAGAGAUUUCACCGUUACCUUCCUUUAUAGAGCUGUUUCUAUACAACCGUGUUUCCUUUGAGGUGACCAAAAUGAUGUGACUUUUUUAACCCGACUUUUUCCAUGAAUAGAUCACAUUUUAGAAUUGUAGCAUUGCAAAAGGUUUGUAAUUCUGCUUAUCUCUGUGGUCUGCUUCAGUCCAUGUCACUCCAUGUGUUUCUGUAGUUCCUCUGUCAUUUACCUUCAUGCCGGUUCAAACCCAUAUGUUGCUAUUUUUUUCCAUGAAACACAAAAGGAGGGAUGUUUGAAGAAUCUUUUUUUGUGUUUCACGAAAAAAACGACACACAUGAGUCAAUAUUAACAUUUCUGGGCGAACUGUUCCAUUAAGAUUCUUGAGUAGCUCCAUAUAGACCGUAAUGAUGUUAAUCCAAGCUUCAGUAACAUGGAUUUGAUAGGCACUGUAAUUAUAAAUAUGAGUAUAUGUACAUGGAAACAUUGAGUAUUAAUCAUUUUCUAAUUCAGUCUUUGUCUGUGAUGCUUUCUAGAUCAGGUUUGGGCUAAUAUCUACAUCUUUUUAAAGGACAAAAAAGUAUUGUGCUGUUUCAAUGGCACAUAAAUGUCAGUGAAGCCUCUGUAGCUGGUUGUUAUUGGUAUCGUUCCAUAAAUGACACUACAGAUCAAAAUGCCAGCAGGAACAUAUAAGGCGGAACAUAAAAGAGAGGGAGAAGACAUGAUUGAACAGACGUUUGGACAGCACGCAAGUGGACAUUUUGCCUGGACAAUCUGUUUGUUUUUACAAGAACAGUGUUGUCAUUAAUCUGCCCUGAGACAAUUUCAAUAGCUUGAAAUAUGAAAAUAUCUUCCAGUGAAAGCCAUAAGACCAGAACAUGCAAAACAAGUAAUAAAUUAAUUUGCAAGA